AUGGAUAAAUGUUGCAGAUUUCAACCAAUCAGAAGUUUUAUAAGCCAACUUAGAGGAUGUAAUGUACAGAUAGAAAUACAUGACAUAUUGGUUGAAAGAUUAAUUAUAUUUAUAAGUAUCAAAAUGAAGCAUGUAGUGCCUUGGCUUAUUCAUAUAACAUUCUUUUACCAUGAUUUUUGCCCAGGGCAAGAGUUUCCUGAUGUACCAUGGCAGCAUAUCAGUGUAACACACAACCUUGCUGGCAGAAUCGUAUCGUUAAAAGUUUUGAAACAUGAUCAGCAUAAAACUGUGGAUAUUGGUACUUUUAUGACCUUGGGCCCUGACAUACCAUAG